UAAGCUUCUAAUGUCGGCCAUGACGAUUUGAGUGUAACGGCGACUUACAAAGGUUCGUCUAGUAUAAUUUUUUUUCUUUUGGGGCGAGGGGGCUGAGGAUUUGUGUUUCGUUCUGAAAUUGUCUUUUUCUGUGUAAACGUCGGUUCACUUUGAAGCAUUACACUCUGAUGAAGCAUUUUAUAGGGUGAUGGACAAGAGAAGGAAAUUGAGAAGCUACUAAAAACAUUUGAAUUUUUAAAACUGGUAAAGAAGAAGACAUGGAAAUUAUCAAUUAUCAAAUUCAUUGCAGAAACCAUACAUCCCUUGUCGACAGAAACUAUUGCCGCCACCUUUCUCAACCAUCCGUGACACGUUGAGACCACAUGUAGCAUCUUCGAACCCCAGCUGCUUGCAUGGAGAAGCGAGACGAAGACUGCGCUCGGAAAAUACCGGACAGGCCCGAAGCUCGUUCCUUCUGUAAAGUUUUCUCGCACGAGGCAGUCAGGGUCUUCACACCCAGAGGACUCCACCCUGCGUUCAGACUGCAAAAGACAGUGGGUGCAACAAGUGCGAUAUUCCCUACCUGAUCUACGACGGCAGACGAGUUUCACAAGCUCCUUGAACAUUCCCUGUGGAGUGGUUCAGUGCAGUAUGUGGCUCUGUUCACACCUGAAGGGCGCUGGUAAGAUGCUGAAGACUGUGCUCCCCCGUCUUGUGACCACGACUGCCGCUUGUCGCCCGCCAUCUCUACAUCUGACGUCACUGUCAUCUCUACCGUCAGGGAAGAGGGCCUCAGAUGGCGCUGCUACGUCAACGAUGCGAAGAGAGAUGUCUGGAGAUGUAGCAGGUGCCGAGACACCUUCCUUUCAAUACUUCUGGCAGCCUGGUUCUGGCUUCUACGGCGAAAAUCUCGGAAGACAGACACAACCUGCCGUUGACAUUUGUGAAGAAAUUGUUUUAUCUUAUAUCGACGCCGUGCCGGUGCCUUCACCAAAAGGUGUGUUCACCAUUGGUGACUAUGGAACGUGCGAUGGGUCAGUGUCUCUACGACUGAUACACAAGGUCAUCGACCACCUGCGAAACAAACAUGGACCCGAUCUGAAGAUUCAGGUGUUGUACGAAGAUCACGCAUCCAACGACUACAACAGUCUCUUCAAAACUAUUUACGGUCAAACCUCGUACAUGACCAAGUUCACCAACGUGUUCCCCCUGGUAUGUGGCACUAAUUUCUACAAGCAGUGUGUACCUGACAACACCUGUGACAUCAUCAUGUCCUCAUUCGCCACGAUUUAUUUGAGUAACGAGAGUUACGUGAGAUGCUCCAAUACAAUGUUCCCCUGGCGGUCGACAUCAGAAGCGGAGCUGCGCGCUCACCGCGAGGCUGCAGCACGUGACUGGCAGACGUUCCUCCUCCACAGAGCAGCAGAACUCAAACCAGGUGGACUUCUUUUCGAUGUUCAGGCUGCUAGACUCCUGGGGAGCAACCGUCCACAGACUCGAAAUUUGGCCUACCCUCUCGCUGAAGAGGGAGAAGAAUGCGUCCAAGAUAUUUGGACUUGUUUUGAUUUGAGUUGGAAGGAAUUAUACGUGGAAGGAUUAAUUACAAAAGAGGAGUUCCAGUCGUGCACUCUUCCGCUGACAUACCGGACUUUACAGGAAGUAAAAGCUCCUUUCGAGAAUGCCGCCAUGUCUCCAGUCCGACAGGCUGGGCUUAACUUGUUAGAGGACCCACAAGAGUUUCUCACUCAUUGCUCUGUCAAGAAACUAUGGCGACAAAAGCUACAGACUGAUGGCGUUGACGACAGAGUGAUGUUUGCUCAACUUCUCGCAGAGGCAUUUUAUCUUGUGCUGGAUGCGACUUUGAGGAACACUUUGAGAAACACACGACCUGAUGAGGAACACUUGCCCAUAAUCCAACGCCUCCAGCAGACGUUCAUUCAAAGAGUUGCUGCCUUGAACCCAGAGACUUUCAAAAGUGAAUAUGUUGUGGUAAUUCUCGCUGCACAGAAGUCAAAAUGACUGACAGGCAAAUGUAUAAUACAUUCUUAUACUUUACUUAUACUGGCUUAGUUAGGAUUUUAUUAUUAUUAUUAUUUAUGUUAUUUUGUUUUGUUUAGUAAACAGUGGCAGACUCUUACAGGCAAAUCAUUUUGUUUAUUUGUGUGAAAGAACACGUAAUUGUCUAACCCCGCAAGUGUGUUCGAAGGAGAGUGAGCGAGAGACACUACUAGACGGUGUCGUGACACAAACCCAACGGUCGUGAUCUCUUUUAUUCCUGAAUGAGUUAAGAGUGCAUGCCGCCACACCUUCUUACACAAUUUUUACAGGCCAAUACCUUUUAACAUUCUCACUAGUCGACAUUUCUUCUGACCUAUUAAGCACCAACACGACAUUCACCUUCGCAGGUCACGUGUUCUCUUAACCCCAUUACUCCCCCGUGCACUAUUAGCGAUUUUAGUAAGUGGAUCAGCGACACCACCCAGUUCGUUCCUCAUAAAGAAGUACAACAAAAAUAUCAUUUCUGAGGGAAUGUUAUUUACCCUCAGACAGAAGACACAUUCCCCGGAGCAACCUGUCUAACGACAUGAGUCUAGCUCCUCCAAUGCCACCAUUAAAGACAGUACCCAGCCUAUAAAACGUCCACAGAAAGUGAUUGGGUUGUGGGGGACAGGGUAUAACUCCUGCUACCCACGUCAACGAGAUACCAGACAGUCCCGAAGCUCGUUCCUUCUCUAAAGUUUUCUCAUACGAGGCCGUCAGGGUCUUCACACCCAGAGGACACAUCCCUGCGUUCAGACUGCGAAAGACGGAGCGUGCGACAAGUACGAUAUUCCCUACCUGA